AAACGCGCCUUUAUCACCGCCUCACCUUUUUUUCCUUGUUGACAUUUUGUCAAUUUAGCGUCGGAUCCGAAUCGAGAGUCCGCUCUGACGGAAUAAUCUGCCUCCAGAUCCACAAUGGCUGAUGCUACACACCUCGAGGAUGUAGAAGAUUUAGUGAAAGAAGCGAAAACAGCAUUCCGAGAUCGAUUCCAUAGCGAUCCCGACGUGGCAGCUUGUGCGCCGGGUCGUGUUAACCUGAUCGGAGAACACACCGACUAUAACAAUGGAUUUGUAUUCCCAAUGGCAUUGCCGUUGGUGACGGUGGCAGUUGGGAAGAAGACGGAAAAUUCUGUUUGUCGAGUGUUAACAUUGUCACCGGAAGUAAAUGAAUGCAAUUAUGUGGAGUUUGCCAUUGAGGACCUUCAACCAGGGACCCCAAAAUGGGCCAACUAUGUGAAGGGUGUUGUCCACUACUACAAAGGGAAACCGUGUCCCUUUGAUGCGGUGAUUGUGUCUUCAGUUCCAUUUGGUGGAGGUUUGUCCAGUUCAGCCGCCCUUGAAGUGUCUGUCUAUAUGUUGCUCGACUUAUUAACUGACAACAAAAGCAACAACAAAGAUGAGAAAGCUCUCAGCUGCCAGAGUGCUGAAAAUAAUUUUGCUAAUCUUCCCUGUGGGAUUAUGGAUCAGCUAAUCUCUUUCAAGGGACAGAGUGGUUACGCUUUAUUAAUUGAUUGCAGAUCGAUGGAAUCAGAAUUGGUUGCCAUGAAAGAUCCUGAAACUGUUGUUUUGAUUACCAAUUCCAAUGUAAAACAUGAACUGACAGGAACGGAAUAUUCUUCUCGACGUGAUCAGUGUAAACUUGCUGCAAAGCUUAUGUCCAAAGACUCUCUAAGAGAUGCCAAAAUGGAAGAUCUUGAAGCUUGUAAAGAUAAACUGGACCAAGAAACGGUAAAACGGAUACGCCAUGUAAUAACAGAAAUUCGCAGAACCGAAGAAGCGGCCAAAGCUCUUUCUUCUGCAGACAUGACCAAAUUUGGUAAACUUAUGGUUGACAGUCACAUCUCUCUCAGAGAUGAUUAUGAAGUUUCCUGUCCUGAAUUAGACCAACUUGUUAAUGCUGCCUUACAAAUGGAUGGUGUGUACGGUUCACGGAUGACUGGUGGCGGCUUUGGUGGUUGCACAGUGACGUUGGUAACCAAGAGUGCAGCUGCAUCUGUCAUGGAACACAUCAGAAAAACCUACCAGGGUCAGCCUACGUUUUAUGUAUGUCCUCCGUCUGAUGGUGCCCGUCAGUUGAAGUUAUGACACAUUUAAACUACAAAAACAUUAAACACUUUGUCAUUUUUUUUUUUGAAAAACUGUUAUGUUUUUUAAUGGGUUUUUUUUUUUGUAAUCAUUUUGAAGGUUAAUCUGAAAAUAAAAUGGAAUUAAUUGGGUUUGUAUAACUGAAACAGGUUAAAUCUAAUUUAUAUAUUUUAUAGUAUUUAAAGAAUUAUGACUUUAAUGAUUGGGGUUGGCUUCAACAGAGCAGCCAUAAUCAGGGAAUUUACCUACAAUGGUUAGGAUUUAUUAAUGCAAAUAAGGGGCAGAUAGCAGGAUUUGUGUGAACUUGUCUAUGGGACAAGUAUUUUUUGAUAAGGUUUAAACUUGGGCUGGAUUUCUCCUUCAAAAUGUUGAUAAAUUCAAUAAAAUCUUAUGUGUUUAAACAUUGAAGUACUCAAUACUUACCUGAAGUGACAUGUGUGGAAGCUGGUCUUUGUGGAGGAAUUUAUAUUUUAGUAAUGAUGCUGUUGAAUCUUUACCAUGGCUACAAUUCCAUGAAUGGAUAAUGGUUAAUCUGAGGUGUCUCACACACAAACACACACACAUGGAUAGAUACACAUGCAGACACUUAUAAGAAUGGACAUGGGCACACACACACACACACACACACUAAUAAAAGUUAAAUCCAAUUGCAGAUGAUGCUGGUGUAUAUUUGAGACUAAUAAAUAUACUGGUGGGUGUAUCAUGGUACUGACGAAACUAUUGGAUGUUGUUAUACACGCUGGUCACAGUGCACUUCUUUGCCUUGUAGCUUUUGAAUGCUGCUCUUCCACUGGGUGGGUAGCAGAUUGACAUUUCUCCUGGAUAGAACGCUAGUCCACCACAGAGUGACUCACCUACAGCUGAGUGGACUGGAGCAAUGUGAAAUGAAGUGUUUGGCUUAUAACCACAACGUGCAGCUGGUCUGGGAGUUGAACCCAUGAUCACAAGGUUAUGAGUGCAACACCCUAACCACGGGGGCAAAUGUAACUUAUCAGGAAGUGAUCAUCAUCAUCAUCAUCAUCAUCAUCUAUGAAAAUACAAAAUAUCUGAAAUGAUUGUGCAGUGCUUUGGGCAAGUGUUUUCAAUUCUGGGCUGAGACUGACCAAAGCCUUGUGAGUGGAUUCGGUUGAUGGAGACUGGAAGAAGCCCAUCAUGUGUGUUGUGUGCUAGUUGUAAACAAGCUUCACCUUCAUACAAGCAGUGUCAUUCAUCUCCAUUAUUGUAUGAAAAAUGUGUCUGGCCAUGGAAGAAAAUAUUACCUUUGUUUGAAAGUAGGUGAGGGCCAGCAAUUGGAAGGGCUUCCAGCCAAACAAAAUUUGCUAGGAUCAAUUCUAAUUGACACAUAAAAUCGUGGAGAAUCAAUGAUGAUUGAUGAUGUCCCAAUAAAAUAUUUUUUCUAUA